CCCUCCCCCCCUUUAACUAGGUUCCUUCUGGAGCUUCACUCCUCAUUUCACGUCUUUCAUCAACAAACGGUUCCAGUCGGUCAUGUGACGACAACCUUUCCGUCUCCAUCAGGUCGCUGGAAUAUCUUUCGUCAUUUGUUUUAUCAAAGAUUUUGUGUUGAAGCUGGAUUUGGUCCAACACGAACAUCUGGAGCGAUUACGUCAGUCAGAGUCAGGUUACAGCUUCAGUCUCCAGCCACCGGCCCGUCGGCCUCCUCGGGCCUCCUCCCCAGCUCUGCAAACCGCCCAGCAUGAGUUCCUCCUCCGCUCUGGGGCCUCUAGUCCUCCUCAGCUCGGGUUCGGCCUCAGUUUUGUCCUUGACACUUGAAAUGUGCCCACGAGUUGGAGUCACGAGAUCCCAGUGAACCCGGAGGAGAAGUAAAAUGAAAAAAGGAGAUUUUUACAUCGAAGGAGGGAGACUAGCGGGUGUUUUUCUGUGUCCUGCUGCCCUCUGGCUGUCAAAGCAGCUCGGCACUUCUCGGGUCAUGUGACUUACCUUUACGUUACAUUUUGUUCAUUUUCACAGAGUGCAGGUUUAAAAUGUUGCACGUUUGCCCCUUUUAUUGCUCCGAAAUAUGAAGUUCAAUAAAGUUUUUUGAAAACAAGCGUGCGAAAAUAUUCCCAUGGACGCACAUUUCUUUUAUCAAAUUGAUUUUGUUCUGUCUCGCUCACUAUUUGUGUACUUACAACAUUUGAUCCAACAUUGAUAUUAACAUUUGCAUCAAAAUAUUUCCUUUUUGAAAUGCACUGAACCUGCUUCAUCAUCUUCUUCUCUUGUUGAUUUAAGUUGGAAAGAUUAUUCCUUAUUGUUUUGCCAGACACGUUAAAACGGCAGUGAUCAGAUACUAAACAGCGUGCAUGUGGAUUCUGACCAGCGUGAAGUCAAACACUUCUACGUCCCUCAAGAGGAUAAUAAUACCCAUCUUCAUCUUCAUCUUCGUCCCCUCAGUCAGUGCGGCUCUAAGCCACAGAGGUGCUGAUUGGAUUUGAUAUAAUCUGACAGGACGGGUCACACGUCGCGAACAACACACAGACACACACACACACACACACACUCUUUUUACAGAUGGACGGCGCUUUCGCCUUUUGGACGAAGAACAACAAGGGAGGAGGAGAAAGUCUCCAGACCUGCUCUCGCCUCGUCUCCUGGACACAUGGGAAGAAGCCCCUCCCCCUGCUGGUCCAUGUGAGCGGUUGAACCUUGAGAUGGCGCCUCAGCGACGUGCCUUCCUGCCGCAAAGAAGGAGGCCUCCUCCACCUCCUCCUCCUCCUCCUCCCUUCUGCCUCACCAACAUGUCCUCUCCCGCCGCUCUGCUCCUGCCGUCCCUCCUCCGUCUCCUCCUGCUGGCCUCCCUGUGCUCGCCGCCCCGCUCCGCCCAGGCCGCCUGGUUCCGGGUCGGGGUCGUGGGUCCUUGGGGGUGCGACCCCCUCUUUGCCAAGGCCCUCCCCGCCGUGGCGGCGCAGCUGGCCGUCGACCGCGUCAACGGGGACCCGGCGCUGUCCCGCGGCGGCGCCUUCGACUUCGUCCUGCUGCAGGAGCCGUGCGAGACCUCCAGGGCGCUGGAGAGGUUCCUCGGCUUCCACACCAAGGCGUCCGGCUUCAUCGGCCCGGCGAACCCCGCCUACUGCGACGCCGCGUCGAUGCUCAGCAAAGGCUGGAACAAAGCCCUGUUCCCGUGGGGGUGCGUCGGCCACGAGCUGGACGACGUCCGGAGCCACCCGACGUUCGCCCACUCGGCGCCGAGGCCCACGCGCGUGCUGCUCAGCCUCAUCAGCUACUUCCGGUGGGCACACGUGGCCGUCAUCUCCUCCUCCGAGGACGUGUGGGCGGAGACGGGCUCCAAGGUGGCGGACUCCUUGAGGAGUCACGGCCUGCCGGUCCGCCUGGUCAGCGUUAUGGAGAACUCGCCCCUCGCCAUCAGGCGGACUCUGACGAAGCUCCGCGAGAUGAGCGAAAUACGACUCGUGGUCCUUUGCAUGCACUCGGCUCUGAUCGGGGGCGGGGCCCAGAAGCGGCUCCUGGAGGCGGCCUACGACAUGCGGCUGAUCGACGGCUCGCUGGUGUUCGUGCCGUACGACGCGCUGCUCUACAGCCUGCCGCACCGCAACGUGAGCUACCCGGCCCUGAGGCGCAGCGGCAAGCUGCUGCGGGCGUACGACGCCGUGCUCACCGUCACCGCCGACUCGCCGGGGGCGUCCUUCUACGAGGCCUACGGCGAGGCCGUGGAGAGGGGGGAGGUGGGCGGGACCUGGAAGCCUCAGCAGGUGUCUCCGCUCUUUGGCACCGUGUACAGCUCCGUGCUCUUCGUGGCUCACGCGGUGAAUCGGGUGCGGGAAGCUGGGGAGCGGAUGUCCGGGAGUAACCUGGCGAGACACGCCGCCAACAUGGACUUCCAGGGCUUCAGCCACCGGAUCAGAACCAGCGACUCCGGAGCGGCUCUGCUGGAUUUCCUCAUCCUGGACACGGACGGAGUCUCCUGGGAGCUGAAGCCCACUCACAGGAUCGACAUGGAGGCCGGCGCGGUGCGUUUCAUCGGGCGAGAAAUCCACUUCCCUCGCGGCUACGGACCCAGGAAGGACUCGUCCUGCUGGUUUACGCGUGGAGUCCUCUGCUCGGGGGGCGUGGAUCCGUUCUCCACCAUCUUCAUUUUCCUCGGAGCGACGGCCGCCUUCGUUCUCGGAGUGGCGUUUGUUUACUGCAUCAGGCGACGCGUCAAUCAGAUCCUGCUGUUGAAGGGUCCCAACAGGAUCUUGCUGACUCUGGCUGACGUCACGUUUAUCAACCCGUCGCUUAGCAACAAGAAGCUGAGUCUGGACGACGGCAGGGCGAGCGCCAUGAAGAGCCUGUCGGACGCCACGCCGCCGGCCUCCACCCAAUCACCUGCCACCUACGAGAACUCCAACAUCGUCGUCUUCGAGGGCGAUUGGGCGUGGCUGAAGAGACUUCCCGACGGUUUGUUCCGCAGCAUCAACCCCAAAACCAGCCACGUGUUUGAACUGAUGAAGGACAUGCGCCACGAGAACGUGAACCUCUUCCUGGGCUUCUUCCACGACUGCGGCGUGUUCGCCAUCGUGACGGAGUUCUGCUCCAGGGGAAGUCUGGAGGACCUUCUGCUGAACGAUGACGUUAAACUGGACUGGAUGUUCAAGUCCUCGCUGCUGCUGGAUUUGAUUAAGGGAAUGAAGUACCUCCACCACCGCGGCGUGUCCCACACCCGUCUCAAGUCACGCAACUGCGUGGUGGACGGGCGCUUCGUCCUCAAGGUCACCGACUAUGGCUACAACGAGGUGCUGGAGGCCCAGAGGUUCCCCUACGUGGAACCGCCUGCAGAAGAGCUGCUGUGGACCGCUCCGGAGAUCCUGAGGGGCUGCCAGCCGGAGCUCCACGGGUCGCUGUGCGGCGAUGUCUACAGCUUCGCCAUCAUCAUGCAGGAGGUGGUGGUGAGAGGGGCCCCCUACUGCAUGAUGGACAUGCCCACCACAGAAAUAAUAGAGAAGCUGCGUAAGCCUCCGCCGCUGUUUCGCCCGGUGGUGAGUUCGGACUUCGCUCCCCUUGAGUGCAUCCAGCUGAUGAAACAGUGCUGGAACGAACAGCCGGACAAGAGGCCGGGCUUUGAGGAGGUCUUCGACCAGUUUAAGAACAUCAACAAAGGGAAGAAGACCAACAUCAUAGACUCCAUGCUGAGGAUGCUGGAGCAGUACUCGUCCAACCUGGAGGAGCUGAUCCGGGAGCGGACGGAGGAGCUGGAGAUCGAGAAACAGAAGACGGAGAAGCUGCUGACUCAGAUGCUUCCUCCGUCGGUGGCCGAGGUUCUGAAAGUGGGCGGCACCGUGGAGCCGGAGCACUUUGACAGCGUGUCGCUCUACUUCAGCGACAUUGUGGGCUUCACCACCAUCUCGGCGCACAGCGAGCCCAUCGAGGUGGUCGACCUCCUCAACGACCUCUACACCAUCUUUGACGCCAUCAUCGGAAACCACGACGUGUACAAGGUGGAGACUAUCGGCGACGCGUACAUGGUGGCGUCGGGGGUGCCCGUCCCCAACGACAACCGCCACGCGGCGGAGAUCGCCAACAUGGCGCUGGACAUCCUGAGCGCCGUGGGCACCUUCAAGAUGAGACACAUGCCCGACGUGCCCGUCAGGAUUCGGAUCGGGCUGCACACCGGUCCAUGUGUAGCGGGCGUGGUCGGCCUCACGAUGCCUCGCUACUGUCUCUUUGGAGACACGGUGACCACCGCCUCUCGGAUGGAGUCCAGCGGAUUACCCCAGAGGAUCCACAUCCACCAGAGCACCGCCAGGAUCCUGCAGGACCUGAACCUGGGCUACAAGGUGGAGCUGAGAGGGAAGAGAGAAGUGAAGGGGAAAGGUAUGGAGGAGACCUUCUGGCUCGUGGGAAAAGACGGAUUCAACAAUCCUCUUCCUGUUCCUCCAGAGGUCAAAUCCGGGCAAAUGGCCCACGGCUUGCAGAUGGCUGAGAUCGCCCAGUACAAGAAGGUGAAAGCCGAGAAGCAGCGACAGGAACAGCUGGCCAAGAAGAAACACUGAGAGAAGAACCGCUUCCAGACUUUUGCCGAUUCAUCUGAACGUUGUUUCUGAAAAGGAUUGUGGGUCAGAAUGAACCUUUCAAAACACGCUGUCCCGCCAACUGACCAGAUGUGGGGAACAAUCUGGUACUUUUGGCUUACAGCACACGAGGUACUAUGUUUGAGGAGGUACUGAACUCUCCUGUGGCAUACUACUACGUGGUAGUAGUAGUACUAACGACUGUGGUAGUAGUAGUACUAAUGACUCUGGUAGUAUACAGAACUUUAAGGAGGCGGAGCUCUUUGUUGCCUAGAUACCGACACGAUGACAAUAUACAGCUGGGGAUCAGUUUUCUUUUUUUGUGAAGAGGAAUUUCCUUUUUGUUCAUUUUAUUUAAUCCUUUCACUGUUUUUGAUUAUGAAAUAAGAACUUCUCUGUGUUGCCAGUAAAGUGUUAAAUUUAUUAUACCAUAAUUGAUUUAGUCUUUCUGCUUAAGAAAAGUAUGAUUUUUAAGACAUUUUGCCUAGAAAAAAAGUAGAAUCAGACUCAUUGGUCUCAUUCAACGUGUGUUGAACUGUGAAUUAAAAAUGUCUCAUGUCAUUUAACGCACUAUUUAUCAGGUGAUAUUUACCUGCUACAAUAUUUUACUAGAUUACUAGAAAGGGUUCCUGUGACUCGCUGUGGUACGUUAGCGGGUUGCAGGAAGACAGAGACACACAGACAGACACACAGACAGACACACAGACAGACACACAGACAGACAGACAGAGACAGUCUCACGGAGGAUUUGCUCUGGUAUCCGGGCGGUUUGUUUGGGGGCAGCCAAGGGGCAGCAUAUAGAUUAUGAGUGAUACAGAAUACAGAGGAGUACGUGAGGGAUUACAGCAUGGUGAGAAGUGGGAGAUUAUAUGAGGAUUAUCCAGGGAAACGUCCUGAGCAGCAGUCCGAUCGGAUAAUUAAAGUCCUCAUAUGGAAGAUAUCUAUGUAUUUAUAAACCAGAACCAAUAAUGUAAAACAGCCACAUCUUUCCAUAUCUGCGUUGAUCUUUGCUUUUUGAAAAUCCUUUUCUCACCGAGGAAGGUUUCACACAGAGAGCAGGGCUCUAAUUUCCCACAUUUAAAUGCAUUCAAAUACCUUGAAACCGCUCAACCGCUUCGCCCACCCAGAUUCAUGCUGCCGCUGUGGGAAUCGAACCCUCGGUGACCCCGCUGAAGCACAAACAAGGGAAUAAGACAAAGGGACCCUAUAUGAAACUAUACUGGAACGAUGCACGAAUAGCCAAAACCUAUUAAAUAACCACCUUAAUGUUGUGUCACAUUGUUUUGUGGAAACUUUUAUUAGCAAUAAAGCAACUUUAAAACUGAAA